AUGACGACUGUUCGAAACGCCCCUACUCCCUUACAUCAGUGGGUUGUAUCUGGUGUUGCAGACUUGCUUACAUCUCAAAUGCCUGCUGGUACACAAGUCUUGUCUGAUUCUUCCAUUCAAGAUCCCACCUCUUUGGAAGAAGACAUGCCCAUUACAGACCUACAACUCCUCUAUCAAGAACACGGAGCUCUUGAACCAAAGGCUGUUCUUUCAGUAGAGACAGGAUUUUCGCAGCAAUACGAGAGUCUUCAGCACGCCGUCCGCAGAGCUAUCGAUGCUACUCAGGACGUCAAUGUCUCCUUAAUGAUCAACUUGAAAGAAAAGCCAGCCUUUCGCGCUCCGUUUUCGCCAACUUCUUCCGGUCUAUAUCAGCAUCCGAUCACCAAGGAGUAUGUGGACACGGCGACAAUGCUGACGUACCUUAAGUCUUUAAGCCACACAGUACCAUUGCCUAAGAAUCCUGAUGACCGAGAAAGCCCGUUGUUCUUCCUUGGGACCCGUUGGGUUGGCCGGGUUGAAGGCACCUUAGAAGUCUGGGUGCGUGACAAAGUUACCCAGAAAGCUGUCCGAAAACUUGAUCCAAUCGUAGGUGUCCUACAAAUCCCUCCAAGUUAA